AUGGGCAACGCACCCUCCUCCCCUCAGUCCCCCGCCUCGCAGCCCACAGCCCACCACCGCCCAUCCUCCAGCUCGGUCUCUGCCCAGCCCAUAGCCGCCGCCGGCGCCCCCGGCUCAUCCUCCCAUCGCGGCUCGUCCACGUUCCACUCGGGCAUCACACCGCCCACAUCCCCUCCCUCCCCACCAGCCCCCUCGACCCCGACCCUCCUUCCGUACGCUGGCCACCUUUCUCCCCAGAACCCACACUGCCUCUCCCUUCCCCAGGCGCACGACUAUUCCAAGUCGGUCGUCACCCGUCAGAUUCUUGAUGGCAAGCUUGCGCCCUUUUACCGCGGACUGGAAGACUAUGAAGAGGACUGGACAGAGGACGAUAUCAUCCGGGAACUGAACGAGCAACGGGAGAAGGAUUAUGAAGAAGGCGUGGCCAACAGCUUUACCGAACGGCUGCGGGAGGAAAGAGAAGGGUCGGGCGGAAUGGGCCAGGUGACCAAAAAGAUUGGUAUCAACAAAGGUAGAGAGACGAGGAGGGAAGGGGAAAAGGAAGAACGAGAGAAGAGGGAGAAGAGGGUAUACAGGAAUGCCAUCGAGUGCCCCAUCUGCUUUCUGAAUUACCCCCCAAACAUCAACACUUCCCGCUGCUGCCAACAGCCCCUCUGUACCGAAUGCUUUGUUCAGAUCAAGCGAUCCGAAGCUACCAUUACGCAUCUUGAAUCAGAGCCGGCGUGCUGUCCUUUCUGCGUCGAGACGGAUUUCGGCGUCAUCUACGAACGCCCUACAACACCCUUGUCUAGUCUGUCCGACACUGCACUUGCCACCUCUCCUGGCGACUCUGCCCUUGCUUCGGGAUUCUCCUCCUUGGGUGUGGGAUCGGAUGCAGAGCUGACAGUCGGUCCGGGGAUGAACCCUUUGCAAAAGGAGACUCUACGCAGAAAGAGCGUCAGCUCAAAGGCAAAGGAAGUGGUAACGAUUGAUGAGAUCCGACCGGACUGGGAGGCCAAGCUGAAUGCUGUCAAGGCGGCGGCGGCGCGCAAGGCCUCGAGGAGGAUUGUCAUGCGUCAAGUGGGUGACCGUUUGGUGCCUAUAGGGUAUACGUCUUCUAGGGCGACCGGCACGGCCGACUUUAGCAUGUCGGUGGGCGCAGAUAGCGAAGGUUCGUCAUCGAUUCCUGGCAGGAGACCUCGCAGGAGAGAGUCCAACAGAGAACGAGAGCUGGAGGAGUUGAUGAUCAUGGAAGCGAUACGUCUUUCUAUGGUAGACCACGAGGAGCAUCAGCGCAAGCAGGCGGGUGAACUGAGAAAUGGUUCGACAACCGAUUCUGGCCCUGCGCCGAGCACAUCGAGCCCUGGUCCUCCUCCUGGCCCCAGCACGAGUGCCGCACUGGCUACAACACCCGCCCCAUCUUCGCCCACCCAGACUACCGGUCCUCGAUCAUCUGCUCCCACUGAAACGACCAAGGACAAACAGUCUGGCCCGUCCAAGUUGCUCUCGAAAUUCAACAAUGUCCGCGCUCGAGCAAACUCGGCUGCAUCCGGCAAGGCUUUGGGAAGCAGCUUCAGUGCCAACAGGGCUAGAGGCAACAGUGCGAGUCAAUCAAACCUUACCGUACCCCCGCCUCUUGCGCCAUCCACCUCGACGUCCUCCAACUCUACCAGCUCUUCUGCUGCUCCCAGCCCCAUCCCUUCCACCCAGAGUCCCAUUGAUUCCACCCACGCCGCAGGUCCCCCUGUACCGCCCAAAAGCGGUCUGAACCCUACGUCUCCCGCGCCUGCUGCAGUCAGUCCGGUGACGACGCUGGCUAGUCCUAGUGCUGCGCCAGGUGGACAUCAAAGUGGAGAUUUGAUGGAUGAGGAUAGCGGAAGCGCCCCGUUGAGCGGGGCGUCCACGCCGGGCGGUUUGCCGAGGUUGAGUGUGGACAUGCCUGCGCUUACGCCGGAUACUACUGGUCCUGGUCAGGCGAAAGCGGUCUCAGCUUCUGGGAGUAGUGCGGCAGGGUUGCAGGACGCGCUCGGGUCUGCUAUGGGGUCGACCUCGUCUUCGAGUGGAUCAAGGCCCAAGCAGCAGAUGCAAAGGGCACACUCGAACAUCAGUGAAAUCACAGAGCCCGAGACUGAGAGCGGUGGAGUGGGAUAUGCUCAACUGGAUAGUGAUGGAGAAUGA